AUGCCUAUCAAAAACCGACCACCAAUCACAAACAAAAAGGAGAUGGAAGGACUAAGCAGAAAGGUCCACCACAUUGUAAAUGUGACAACCAAUAAGAGCAUGUACAAAGACAUAGAAAAGUACAAAACCUCACAACAAAAGGAGGAAAUGAUAUCUGGUGACAUCCCAAGAAGGCCAUGGCAAACUAUUGGAGUAGAUCUAUUCACAGAAGGCCAAGAAUGGUAUUUAAUAAUGGCCUGCUACUACUCCAAAUUUCCAUUUGUGAGAAAAGUGAAAGACCUGACAGCCAAAACAAUCACUACAGUGGCCCGAGGACUCCUAGCAGAGCAAGGAAUACCAGAGCAGAUCAUAUGUGACAAUGGAACCCAGUUCACGUCACAAGAAUUCAAAAAACUAGCUGAUGAACAUGGGUUCAAUAUUGAAACUUCAUCUCCACACUGCCCCAAAGGUCAUGGGUUUAUAGAAAGACAGGUGCAGACAGUGAAGAGAACACUAGUCAAAUGCCGGAAGACUAGGGAAGACCCACACCUGGCACUUAUGUCCCUACGAGCGACUCCACUGAGAGCUAAUAUGAAAUCCCCAGCAGAAUUGCUGAAUGGCAGGAAGUAUAAAACUACCCUGCCAACUAAGAUCCAACCUCCUAUUGACCAGAAAGAAACAAGGGCAAAGCUAGCAGCCACUCAAGAACGAGCACAGAGGCAUCACAACAAACAUGCACAAUAUUUACCUGAGAUGCUUGGAGGAUAA